CCCAGCUGUUUAUUCGUCGUAUAUUCGUAUUUAUACAUACCCGUAUUUGGCAUUGGAAGUUUUUUAUAUACAUUGGCAUUGGAAGUUUUAUAAAUAGGCAUUGCCGAUGGCAGCACGGCUAGUCAGUAUGCAAAAUAUGAGCACAGUCGCUUCGAGUAUCAUAUUCAAGCGUAUAUCUUCAAGAUUUUUGCAUAUGGGUGAAUAUUUUAGUCGCGGAAUUCUGAAUGAAAUUGAGCUUCAGACCGCAGUACCCUUGGCUGGACGAAAACAUUUGGUCAGUUCAAACUCACCUGGCUUUCCAAAGUAUCUGUCAGGCCCGAAAGAUGAUUUCCCAAUGCUGGUUAAAGCGAGGAAAGGGCAAGAGACUAGUAUGAAACACUGGGCUUUAAGAUCUCGAGAGAUUAUUGAUCAAGCAUAUCAAAGGUAUGUCAGCUAUGCGUCACAGCUCCCAGACUGGAAAGUUUGGAAAUUGCGCGCCGGAGAUUUCGAAAAUUUAAUAGUAAAUAUAUAGAAAGGCUAGCUUCGUAAACAAAUAUUUUUAUUCGCGAGUUUUCUGCUAUCAGACUGUAGCCUUCAAGACGUAAAAGAAAUACCUUUACAGCGACUUGUUUAUUAUAUACUGAUGAUUAGCUGGGCGAUUGUAUAGACGGGUAAUUUUGCGCCCAAAAUACGCAACGUUUGCCUGCCAAAUUAUAUGCCACCACAUGCUAAAUUUUUGAAUGGCUUAUGCGUCCAAUCAAUUAUACUGUUAGCAUCCCCCCUCCCCCGGGCAUACCUCUGGGCAUUUGAACUUUUUGAAAUUUUGUGAUCAAAUUUCCCACUGCCAGGACAAAAAUUCUGUUCAAAUGCCCCACAUAUAACGGAAAAUUGAUGGUCAAGUGCCCCAACCCCCCAGGGUGCAUUCCAUGCAAUCGCCACGCCGAAGGUUUCAAAAUAUAUUAUUUUUUUACACCAACAAAUUUGAAGUAACGAAAAAAAAGCUUGCCAAUUAUCCAAUAUGGCUGACACACAUAUUUAGUCGACAAUCGAAAACAAGCACAUUAUUAGCCAGCGUGGCCGGCUCUUCUAGGGUUGAGAAUUGAAGAAGAGCCUGCCCGGAAGCCCUAGUAAAAUUGGCUGAAUUUACGUUGAUAACCGGUUGAUUGGCAAUGUAAGCUAAUUUAUUCAAAAAUUUAAAAAUAAAUGCAGUAAAAACAAACGGCAUCGUACACAUUAAUAUAUUGUACAGUAAUAAAAGUGUAAACCUGUUGGCUAAAAUAUAAAAAUUCAAAAGACAAAGUGUAAAAUGUAUAACAUAUACAGCUAUCUAAACAGAAUAAGGCAAGCCAUACUGCAUAGCUAUUUAUAAUAUAGCAUUUGUAAAUUCUGAGCGCUGAUUGGCUAAGAGCCGUGUUGAUAUAACUCCAUGUCAACACGGGAAAUUUUCCGCCGCUUGUAACACGGAAAUUUUUCUUAUUCUUCGGGCUUUUGACAUUGCUAUAUUAUAAAAAAAAUAUAAAACAUUUUUUCCGUAUUGAUAUAUAGUUAUAUCAACACUCGUGGAAGUUGGGAAAACUCGAAAUUGUGUGAAAACACUCCGCCCUUCGGGCGUCGUGUUUCCACACAAUUUCUCGUUUUCCCAAUUUCCACUUGUGUUGAUAUAACUGUAUAUCAACACGGAAAAUGUUUUAUAUUUGUUAAAUGUCAUAUGACUUCAAGAACCUUGGCUGUCCUUGCCUUGUUUAAUACAUUUUGCACACUGAUUCCCCAUUGUGUUUCUACAAUGCAUAUAAUAAUAAUACAACGCUCUCUUUGGAGCUUUUAAAUUAUUAAAAUACAUUUGCCUGCCAACGUGCAUAACACGGAAAGAAGUCUAUUUACCUUUUAUUCCUAAGUCAUUUAUUACAUUGCCACAGUAUAGUAUAAACAUAUUGCUUUCAAUAAACUUUUUAAUAGAUGGAUAGCGAUUCAACUGCCUGGAAAAUACAAGCAAAACGUCGGUCGGAAUUUUUAGCGAAACCUAAGGCCUUUCCACUUUGUCUGGAAAUUACUCAAAUUAGUAGAUGGAGACUGUUCAAAAUUAUAUUAUUGCUUUGCAACUGUAUGGCUGUACUACUGUACUUAUAAUAUUGCAGUAAACAUAUGUAGCGCUGGCUAGUAAAUAUGCAGCAAUUGACAUUUUAUGUCAUCAUUUGUACAAAACUAUUUCAAGUGGGCGGUGUUAAUAUGGAAUAAUAAUUAAGUAGGCGGUGAUCAAUUUUACUAGGGCUUCCAGGCAGGCUCUUCUUCAAUUCUCAGCCCCAUAGAAGAGCCGGCCACGCUGGCUAGCGCAUUAUGUGCAUACUAGAUAGAUAAGAAUGCUUGUUUUGUUUUUCAAUAACUAUUUUAAGCAUUGACAAUGGAAGAAUGUCUACAUUCCAUUUUUAGGAAGUACAAACCACUUUCAUGAUUGAUAUUCAUAUUUAAUAUUUUAAUAGGCAUAUAUUUUCAAAUAAAUACAGAAAUACGCCAACACGCCUACAUCUUUGCAAUCGGGAUGCCAUUACGCCAAGACUAGUACAUCUCCACGUCGGAGAUCUGCGAACUUUUGUAC